AUGGUGAAAGACACAGAGUAUUACGACCUACUUGGUCUACAGCCUGAUGCAUCAGCUACGGAGAUCAAGAAAGCGUACCGUAAAAAGGCCAUGCUGACGCAUCCGGAUAAACAUCCAGAUGACCCUGAGGCUCAGACAAAGUUUCAAGCUAUAGGCGAAGCAUAUCAAGUUCUAAGUGAUCCAGGGCUACGUACCAGAUACGAUCAGUUUGGUAAGGACGAAGCCAUUCCUCAACAAGGAUUUGAAGAUGCUGCCGAAUUUUUCACAACGAUAUUUGGCGGCGAUGCCUUCCAGGAAUGGAUUGGAGACUUCUCAUUCCUUAAGAACCUCACCAAGGGCGCAGAGAUAAUGGGAGAAAACGACGAAAACGGUGAGAAAACCGCAGCUGUGGAAACUGAUGUGAAUGGGGCCACAGAGGUAGUGCAACACGACGGGAAGUCCACAAGCACGAAAAACUCCGACAAAUUGACUAAAGAGCAACGCGCUAAGCUAGUUGAGAUGGAAAACGAGAGACGGGUCGAAAAGAAGAAGCAGGUCGAGGAAUUGGCACGAAAACUUGAAAAUAAGAUCCAGCAGUACGUAUCCGCGGUGGAGAAUAAACAUCUGGAUGAGUUCAACAACAAGCUGAAUCAGGAGGUUGAGGAUCUUAAGCUAGAAAGUUUCGGAUUGGAGCUGCUGCAUUUAAUUGCCAAAGUUUACAAAACAAAAGCCAGUAAUUUCAUGAUGUCUCAAAAGACCCAUGGUUUUAGCAAACUGUUCACGGGUGUACGGGACAAGACAAAAACCGCGAAGUCCGCGUGGGGUAUUUUAUCGUCUGCCAUGGACGCUCAUACGGCAAUGACAGAGCUCGAAAAGCUAGAUUUAGACGCCAUGGACGAUUAUGAGCGUGCAGAAGUAGAGAAAGUAAUCACCGGCAAAGUUUUAGGUACUGCGUGGGUAAUGUCUAAGUUCGAAGCUCAGGGCAAACUACGGGACGUUUGCGACAAGAUUUUAAGCGACAAAAAUGUGCCCACGAAGACACGUUUAUUGAAAGCCAAAGCUCUAAUUUACAUAGCAGACAAGUUUGCCGCCGCUGUGAGAUCUCCAGAUGAGGCCGAAGACGCUCGUGUUUUCGAAGAAAUUAUUUUCGAUGCUCAGGGCAAGAAGAAGAAGGCUAAUUUUAAGAAAAAGGAGCCCACUGUGAAAGCUUAA